AUGAAGAAAUCAUUCCUAGCAGCAUGCCUUCUAUCAAUCACCACAGCAAUCCCCCAUCAAAUCCGCAAUGAAGCCUGCACCAUCACCCACCAACCAGGCUUCAAUUCCAACCCCGCCACCCACCAACUCAUCUCCGGAAACCUGACGCGCACCUACGCCGUCAACGUGCCCGAAUCCUACAAUGACAAUCUCGGCAAAGCAUGGCCCAUGAUAAUCGAUUACCAUGGAAAUCUCGGCAAUCCAGAAGAUCAAUACCGUAAUUCGGAAUAUUACAAAUAUCCUCAAGGACAGGAAUAUCUCGUCAUUUACCCCCUAGGAGUAGAGAAACAUUGGCAAGGACCAACCUACGCCCUCCCAACAGUAAACGACCUCCUCUUCACCGUCGACCUCCUAACCCACCUGCAGUCAACCUACUGCAUAGACCCCCUUAGAAUCUACGCAUCCGGAAAAUCCAACGGAGCAGGUUUCGUAAAUCUCCUCGCUUGUUCCCCUCAAGGAGACUUUUUCGCCGCUUUCGCCAUGGCGGCCGCUGCUCUUUAUACCGAUACCUCUCUAACCUCUUGCAUGCCAACAACUAACAAACGGAGGAAGAUUCUCGAAGCGCAUGGUUUACAAGAUGCUACAAUCCCAUACCAUCCCACCGCUCCAGGUUCAGGGGGUCCGUUGCCUGAUAUUGGGGAAUGGGUUGGUUGGUGGGGGGGAGAGGAGUUGUGGGAAAAGUACUAA